AUGUCAGCGGCUAUGGCGUUCACACGUUCCGCUUCAUCAAUGCCCAAGGUUAAUCCCGACUGUUCAAAUGGUAUUGGCUGCCACUACUCGGCCAUCGCAGCCUGGUCUAUGACGAAGCUACCCCGGCAGAAAAUCGCUGGAAAGAACAACAACUUCCAACGCGUCGAUCUGUUCAACAAUAUCAAAGCAGGGAACUUCCCACAAUGGGACUUUGCAGUCCAGUUGUUCCCGGACGAUGGUACUUACAUGUACAAAGGCAUUGACCUGCUCAGUCCCACAGAAAUUGUGCCCUUCGAAUUUAAUCCACCCCUCAGACUCGGCAGAUUGACCCUGAGCCGGAAUCCAACCAACUUUUUCGCAGAGUCAGAGUCUAUCUCCUUUGCCCCUUCGAACGUCGUGCCCGGAGUAUCAUUUGUCCCUGAUCCUCUCCUCCAGUGGCGGCUGAUGGCCUACGAUGACACUGCAACUCAUAGGCAUGGAUCCCCGAACGGCUACCUCCUUCCUAUUAACAAAGCCAUCGUACCGUUAAGCAACAAUUACCGUGAUGGGUACAUGCAACCGGUGAUCUUUACGGGCGAGUCGACUUCCACUCCCAAUGGCAUUGGAGGUGUGGUUGGGUCGAGUGAUAACGCAACGAUUACAUAUACCGGAAACGCAGUCACGAGCGCUGGCACUGGCCCCAUUGGUCGUUUCGUAACAGUGUACGACUGGUUUGGACAAGCCCGCAACUUCUGGGGUACGCUCGAUGUCUUUGCUCAACAACACACGGUUGACGCGUAUCGCUUCGAAUUGGGCAACGUCGCCAACUCGUCCGUGGUCCAAGUAUAUAUUGACAACAUUCUCAAUAACAUUGACAAUUGCCUUGCCCGCCGCGUUGCGUUUGGCUUGGGCGCCGAUAUGCCAGCUAUCGGAACUGGCCCUCUCACUAACCUCACCAAUAUCGCAGCCCCUUUUCCGAGCCUAUAUCCUCUGGCAGUCGGAAUAGAACCAAAUAAGAGCCUCGCGGGGCUCAACGUUGCGGUGCUCGCCAACGACACCCUCUUCAGUGCAUCCGAUAUGGCAGCUUUGCAGCCCAUAUUGAAUGCUCAAAACGUCACCUUGACUGUCGUGGCGCCCCGGUCCGGCGAACUCGACAUAGGAGUGAACGCGACAGCAUCAUACAUCACCACGAGCAGCAUCUUUUAUGAUGCUGUCUUCAUUGGUUCGGUGGUCGCCACGAGGGACGCUACGGGCGACAGCGGCGCUGUGGAUUUGGACAUGGGCGCUAUGAGUUUCGUUAUGGAAGCCUACAGUCACGGCAAAGCUAUCGUCGCUCUUGGGGGCAGUGGAGCCGGGAUCUUACGAAGUCUUGGACUAAACCUUGACGCUGGCUUGGGCCUAUUUGCAGGCAACCCUGGACAGGUCACGGCGAGCGUGCUAAGCGCAUUGAGCGGACCGGUGAAGUUUCCUCUGAGGUUUCCGACUGAUGAUAUCAGCACGAUCUGUGGGAGAUAA